AUGCCUCGCACUUUCCGCUCAAUCGCGCUCGCGGCGCUCUUUCUCGCCGGUUUGACGCACGCAGUCGUGACGGUAACGGUGACCCGCACGCUAAUUGAGCAGACAUAUACCACCACGACGUCGACUGUUGAGCGCACCGCGUUAACGCCGACUACAACGGUCGCCACAUUGACCGAUGCUACGACGACCACAGAGACUGAGUUCGAUUCCACGACGACGGUGAUAAUCCCCACCUAUGCCGUCGUCACUGCGGGCCAGUCCCGCCGAAGAGCCCAUGGGGAAGGGCAGGGUGAGGGACAAGCCGUAGAUGCCGGUGUGGGCUUCGGCGCAGGCCAGGGUGAGGAUCAGGGUGUGGGCCAAGGCGUAGGUCAGGAUGCGGGACAGGUUGGCGAGGGUGAGGGAGAGGAAGGGUACGAUCCUACCCACACGCCUGACGUCACGGGCGCAGAUGGCACACCCGACACUGCCCAACCGUACCCCGGCUACGCAGGCUACCCGAAGUUCAAACGGGAUCAACUCUUCUACGUCAGGACUGUAUCGGUAGCCUUAGUCGAACCCAACUUGCGGGGUCUCGUGGCUGGAGUACAGCUUGCUGCGCGUGACAAACAGCUCGUCCGCCGCUUCGGAGCUAUUCAGCACGACGAUGCGCUGGCCGCGCAGUUUGACAGAGAACACAGGACCGUAUUUCUGCUCCCACUUCAGUUCUGCGUGUCGCGCGCGUUAGAUGGUGCGGGCGAAGCGGCGCAGGCCAACGAACACUAUACCUGGGGGUUGGGGCGCAUCACGUUGAAUUGGAACAUGUUGCCAAAGAACGGGAUACCACGAGGUCCAGGCGGUGACGGGGCACGCCGAUUUCGAGAACUGCCGCAAACCAACGGUUUGGCGACGGUUCGUUCAUACAAAGAAGGCGUCCAUAAAACCGGCGGCGAAGUAUGCACCACAUACGCGAAGCACCGUCAGCAAGAAUACUCAGCGUUAAUCAGCACACCCACCGUAUCGUCCGAGAUGGACCCAAUUACUGCCAUGUAUUCCCAACGGCGCGUAUUCCGGCGGGAUAUCCUUGAAGCACGAUUGCCGAGUGCACGGAGAGGUAGCAUCUCAUUGAUGUAUCCACAUUUCAUUCGCUCCUUAACCGUGUCCUGCUCUCUCAAGGAGCGGAUGCAUGACUACUCACCAACGUCGUCUGUUGACUUUUGGGACGUUGUCUGCCGGCGGUCUUUCCGGCGUGGUUCUCACAUCGUCGUACCCGUCACGCACUUGCUCGCGGACACGGCAGAGGUUGCAGAAGUUAUGGAGAUGGCGGAUGACAUGGCGUACGAGACAAGCGCGGCGGAGGAUGCACCUGAAGAUAGGGUCGCGGUCACGGAGGCGGCACCGCAUGAUAAGGGAAAGGGAAUAGCUUCGGAGGGCGGGCGCACGAGGAGCAUAAAAGGGAAAGGACGGGCGCACGAGGAGCAUAAAAGGGAAAGGACAGGCGCAACGAGGGCAGGGACGACAACGAAAUGGGCUAGAGACCUGGCGUCACGCCAUCGUGGCUUUCAAUAUGAGUUCGUGAAGGGUGGUUAA